AUGUCGUGCAUCCCGUUCGGUGCCUAUCAUUUUACCACAAUCUUCUUGGCGCAGGAUACGUAUUCCAACGCUGCCAAGGCUGAGCUACAGCGCGAUCUAGAUCGAGCGUUCCGUCUGUAUAUCAAAGCUGCAGAGGAUUUCGUGCAUCUCGGCCAGGUGUGCCACGAUGCAAGACUCCGUGCGGCUUGCAAAAACGAGGCAAAUAAAGCCUUAGAACGUGCGGAGAAAAUUAAACAUAUUAAACCCGACGUGUCUCCAGUCGCCAAGAACUACUUCUCUGAGCGUGUGUAUAGUAGUACCUUCUCUGCUUUAUCAUUGAUGACGAGCUUCUUGGCUGUUGCAGACGAGCAGUCUUACGUCUUGAGGAAGUCUUCGUUUGUUAAUAAUGUUCGCAUCCCUCUGUGGGACGAAGACAAAUCCACUGGGGACGAUGUGGGGCAGCCUAAGCUUUCUGCGGAACAGCAACGUCAUUCUGCAGAAUGGCAUAGAAAGGAUGGGGCACCAGUCUAUUCAGCAUCUCCGCCCAUUUUACCCCAAGAUAUUCUCCAACACAUUAUUACCGACUGCUCAGUUUGUGCUAUCGAUGACCAAUUGCCGACAUAUCCCGACGGACGCCUAAUGUGUGCUAGCACGGGUUCCAAGCACCAGAUAUGGCCUUCUUUAAUGGAGAAAGCUUACAUGAAGCUAAUGGGUGGAUAUGAUUUUCCCGGAUCGUACGUGUUCCUUCUUUUACCAAUCCCACAUGGUCUCAGGGGUUCCCUGUCCGCUAGAAAUUCCUGUGUAGAUCUACAUGCUCUUACCGGAUGGAUACCAGAACCUCUGGACCUUAGGAGUGCGAAUAUUCAACGAGAGCGGCUAUGGGCUCGUCUGUUUGAUGGAUUCUCGAAAGGAUAUUGUCUGCUCACCGUAGGCACGGGCGAUGGGGUGAUAGCACCACUAGAGCCCUCACUACGUUUGAUACCCACGCAUUGUUAUGCUGUAAUCGAUGUGCGAAAUGACCAUGGUCGACGACAGUUGACUAUUCUCGAUUCCUGGCUGCACGAUGAGCCAAGCGACCAGGACGGCUAUGUGGCUAAUGACGGGUCUACAUCUACUCAGACGGGACCGGACUCAUCUAAAACAUUCGAUCUCCCGUGGGAUUCGGUUUGUAAUAUCUUUGACGGGGUAUAUCUGAGUUGGGAUCCAGGCAUUUUCCGAAGACACAUUCGUUUCCACGGCACGUGGAAAGCCAGAUCACCGAGUCUGGAGGAGGAAAACAGAACUUCGUCCUACUUUCGACUACAACUGCGCGCGCAUAUAGAUCAGGCGAUACAGGGUGGGCAGGCGCUCUGGCUACAGCUUUCGCGCCACGCAGUCGACACUUCGCGGACUUCGGAGUAUAUCUCUUUGCUCGUGAACAAUGAUGAUGAUUCUGGCCCAAUGCCUAUUGACGUCGCUGCUAUGGGAUUGAAGGGCGAAUAUACCAACAGUCUCCAUACACUUGUUCGGGUACAGGUCACAGCCGCUGAUCCAGUGUUAAAUAUUAUCGCCGCGUACGACGGUCAUUUCAACGACGUUGGCUUCACCGUCACGGCCUAUUCCAACACGAACAUAUCGUGGGUGGAGGAUAUUCCUGAAGCGAUGAACACGAAGGAAAUUGAUGGCGCGUUCACUUCGAAAACUGCUGGAGGCAACCACAGCUAUCCCACUUUCAUGGAUAAUCCACAAUAUCAUCUCAGACUCUUUCCGGACAAGAGUCUACGCACAAAUAAUGGCGGCAACAUCAAAGCACCUACUUCGGUGGUUCUUCAAGGCCCUCGGGAUGUGCCCUUGAACUUGUCCUUGGUUUGGUCGCAAGGGGAGCGGAUCACAGAGAUGGGACACAACGAGGUUGCAGCAACGUCGGGCCCAUAUAGCUACGGCUAUUCACAUAUCUCCCAAGACCUGCAAGUCGGCGAUUAUACUCUCAUCGCGUCUACCUUCGAGCCGCAUCACCAAGGAUCAUUUCAACUGCGCGUUAACAGCCCCUUCCGCUUCGAGCUUGUGCCUAUACCUCAGGAGGGUGCAGGCAUGUUCAGCAGAGUCUUCCGUGACGCUUGGACUAUCGAGAAUGCGGGCGGAGGGCCAAGCUCGAGGAAGUACGCGACAAAUCCGGCAUAUGAAAUACAAUUGGAGGCCCCUACUCAAUUGAAGAUCCGCUUGCAACUUUCAGACUCUGCACCGCGUGUCGCCGUCAACGUAUCAAUUUUCCACCCGAGGUCUAUGGGCGGUGCACUCAUCGCAACCUCGGGGCCCUAUUCCGACGCCCUAGCCGGAGUGGUCACUCCGCACGUCACUCUGCAACCGGGGACGUAUCUAUGCAUUCCGUCGACAUAUCAUCCGGGAGUUCAAAGGGCAUAUAAAUUAUUGGUCUACAGCACAAUCGCAGUUAAGGUUUCUGUAGCAGAGAAAUACUGA